GCUACACGCAGACCCAAUGAGCAGCUCGCGGUGGACUGUUGCUGAAUGAAAAUACACAGAGGCCAUUUUGCGCUGCACGAAGCCACCACCACCACCACCACCACCACCACCACGACAUCAUUCAACAAUAAUACAAACGGAAACGAGAGGCAGGUUCAGCCCAUUUCUGGAUGGAGGCGAGUGCUUAAAGAGCUGCUGGAGGUGGUGCUGCUGGGGUUUGGUUUUUGGGCGCUUCCAAUUCAGAUAUGCGGUGACUAUUUGUGCCCUCUUGGAGGUUCGUGCCAUGAGGAAAACAGGACAGGACAUCUUCACCGCAUUGCUAUUCGAGCCCCUGGUGGUGACCCCCCGAGAGAGAGGGAGCCGCCGCCUUUAGUGAGCUGACGGACACCGGGUGCAUCCAAACAGGUGUACGGUUUCAUCACACGGACGCAGUGCUAGCUUACGAGCCUUGCUGUAGCUCUCUCUAAUUCCUCUCCAGUGAGGAGGACUCCAAGUCAUUUCUCAUGGAAGAGGCUGUUUACCUGACGACAUGCUGCGGAAUUAGUCGAGGAAAAAGGGAGUACUUUUAAAGGCAUUAAGCAGGGUAAGACCUGGGAGUAAAAAGCUUGACUGAGAGGAGAGACUAAACCCUGAGUGGAGUGGAGGGGAAGAGAAAGACAAAACAAAUCAGAGCAUAAGAAGAGAGAGAGAGAGAGGGAGGGCUCACAGCUCACCUAUACCUGAGUCUUAGGAAGUCUCCAGACUGUUGGUCUUAUGACGGAGAGUGUGUCCCCCUGCUAUAGAUCAGUAAGAAGUGCUCUUCAAUAUGAAUACAGAUAGCGGAGGAUCCGCUCGCCGUAGCGUGGCCUUGUCACUCAUACUCUCUCCCAUGAAGAGGGUCCAGAGCUCACCAAAUCUAGGAACAGGGAGUGAUUCUCACUCAUCAGACUUGGAUUCUUGGCGGUCGCGCAGUGUAACAGAUGGCCUUAAGAAUGGAGAUGCUGGCAGCUCAUCUCUUGCUGCCAAAGGCUUCCGCAGCGUUAGACCCAACCUACAGGAGAAAAAGUCAACACAGGGGCCUCCCUCCCCCGACCCCACGGCACGGCACUCUCCCUUUCGCUGCCACAGCUCAGAAUCACUCGACUACCCGUCGAGCCUAAUGCCCAAGGCUCUGUCGCCCACCCCGUACAUUGCUAGCAGCGCAGGCGGCACAGCCGGUGUGGCGAGCGGGCCGAGCUUUACCGCAGUCAGCAACCCGGGCGCAGGUGGCUUCGUGUCACCCUCAGCCUCCCCCGUGACGGUGUCAGCUCUCAGCCACUACUCGUCAUCCACGGCGGGUCUGCUGGACGAGCUGCAGAUCUGUAGCCUGGACUCACCUGGCGCCUCACCCACGCCGCCUCCCACCUUCAGCCACGUCUCCACCGACACAUCCACUGCUGGCCCUGAUGAUACGCUAACAACCUCUGUGGCCUCCACUGCUGCAGCAGCCUCUGUCACUAACGGCCAGGUCCUCUCUCACGCCAUGAACGGAAGCACCAGCCAUCCUCAGAGGCCCCUCUCUCCUCCAUCCUACCCUCCUCCCCCAGCCUCACUCCACACCGGGCUCCCGAGGCAGAGCAGGAGUUCAGAGGGCAGCGAGACAGUGACCAGAGAGUCUGUGAUGUCGGGCCAAACCACUAUCAGCAGCACUGUGCCCAUUGCCCGCUUCUCCGAAGAAGAGAAAAAGGUCUCCGUCAUUAAAGCUCCUCAUUAUGAAGGGAUCGGCCCCGUGGACGAGUCCGGCAUCCCCAUCGCCAUCCGCACGACGGUGGAUAGACCGAAGGAUUGGUACAAGACUAUGUUCAAACAGAUCCACAAGGUUCACAAAGCAGCCUACAGAGCCUCAGAGCCAGAACUCAUUAGACGAGAGCAAGAGAGUCUGGAGAGCAGGCGGAACAGAGAGAGACCUCUGACAGACUCUGAGCUGUCCUGGGAAAUCUGCUCUCAUUUAGUGGGCUCGACAGAAUCACACAAUGAUGACUAUUCUGACACAUACAACGCCACAUACGCUGUCAUAAACAACGAUGAGUACAACCUGUCAUCCGGCACCACUUUGGCCCACCCUGCUCCCAGAACACACACGUACAGGCCGCUCGCCAAAAGCCCCUCCGACAACGGAGGGCAUCUGGGGCCUCGGGAGCCUUCGCCAUCCCCAGUACCUCCACCUCCUCCACCCAUGCCAUCGCUGCUGCAACUGAGGGCCAGAGACAGUGACCGGGAGAAAGACUCACCUGACUCGAAUGAGUGGGGACCUCCAAACAGGAAAGUGGACACACGAAAGUACCGCGCAGAGCCCAAGAGUAUUUUUGAGUAUGAGCCUGGAAAGUCGUCUAUUUUGGAGCAUGAAAGACCGACCUAUGAUGACAUAGAUUUAGAGAACGAGCCUUGGUAUAAGUUCUUUUCCGAGCUGGAGUUUGGGCGGCCGCCUCCUAAAAAACGGCUGGAUUAUAAUCCAGACAUCUCCGCUCGCCAGCGCAUUGAGACUUCCCUACACAUCGCUCCUGCUGACAAGGCUCCGGAGAGACCUGCGAGUGCUGCCAGCGACUACAGAAAGAGAAGGAAGUCAGAACCGUCCAGUUCUCAAGCUAAUGCUCAGCCUCAGAGCAGAGCUGUAACCUCCCCUAAGCCUGUGGAUGCCUACAGACCCAGCAGCAGCCUAAAGAAACCUCUGGUUCGUUCCUCACCAUCCUCACCCUCCAGAGCCAAAGACCAGGAUGUCUCCAGGAGUUAUUCCACUAUAGACGGGCGCCACACCCCCCAGAGUAGAAGACCUACUCCUGACCGAGAGAAACAGCCUGCGAGAGCCAUUUAUGAUUUUAAGGCACAAACAGCUAAGGAGCUGACGUUUAAGAAGGGUGAUGCAGUGAACAUCAUCCGGCAAAUCGACAACAACUGGUACGAAGGAGAGCACCGUGGACGGGUCGGCAUUUUCCCCAUGUCAUAUGUGGAGAGGAUGCCCUCCUCAGAGAAGCAGCAGCCGAUUCGUCCUCCUCCGCCAGCACAUGUCAGAGAGAUCGGAGAGGGGAUAGCUCGCUACAACUUCAACGCUGACACUAAUGUGGAGCUGUCUCUCAGAAAGGGUGAGAGAAUCGUCGUGAUAAGGCAGGUGGAUCAGAACUGGUAUGAGGGCAAAAUCCCAGACACAACCAAACAGGGAAUCUUCCCUGUGUCAUACGUUGACAUCAUCAAGAGCUCUCCAUCCAAGAGCUCCACCCACCACAUCGACCCACAUGGUUAUGCCGGCAACAGGACACCGAGCUCCACACCGGUCAAGCGAUUAGUCCAGGAUGCACUCCAGGGUGGAGGAGACCCGUACCAGGCUGUGUACAACUACCUUCCUCGCAACGAGGAUGAGCUGGAGCUGAAGGAGGGCGACAUUGUGGAUGUGAUGGAGAAAUGUGAUGACGGCUGGUUUGUUGGGACCUCUCGGAGGAGCAAGUUGUUCGGAAUUCCAGGAAACUACGUGAAGCAGCUAUAAUGACGAUUCCAGACUCCCUUCCCCUUGCCCCGCCCCUCUCUCUGUGACACUUCAUCACCCUACAGCACAGCACCCCGCAGGACACCACCCCCCCAACAACGAUCCCUCAAGUCCUGUCGCACGUCCUUGGUUUGCGUGUGUGUGUGUGUGUGUGUGUGUGUGUGGCUGGUCAGCUUCACACAGACCGAACAUUUAGCUGUAACUAGCCAACUUUAAUGGAAGACUUCUAUGAAAUAACACCUUUUUUUAAUCUUAUCUUCUACCUUAUUUUUUUAUCAAGGAGAACCCAAACUUUGUGCUCCAGUCAGUGCCCUUUAACUUUUGACAGUUAUGGAAGGAAAUCAAAGGAACUUUUUAAAACACUCACUGACACGAAAAAAAAGGGCAUCGCAGCAAAUGCUUUCUUUCUGUGUAAGGGCAGUAACCAUGAUCCUGUUUGUUAUUUCUCUGCAGAGUCACAUUCAAACACUCGUCACAUUUCAUUUCAGUGUUCAAUCACAGAUAUCCCCAAGACAUUCAGUGCAGAGAGUGACGUGGAACACAGUAUUUAGUCAGCAGGUCUGUUGUGUAUGAACUGCACUGAAGGGAUUGCAGCUGUGCAGACGAUGUUUCAGGUAAAAGGAUGUUAGUACCUGUGGAUACGAUGUACAUGCAUCAAUGCUAUGUGUUACCUAGGUCAUUAUUGGUUGAUAAGAAUCUGAGGAUGCUGAUAUACAGUACUGUCGAUAUAACUCAAGUAUUACAGCAAUGACUUUUAAUAUUGCUGAUAAGGAAGUGGGGGAAAAAAAAUCACCGACUCACUGUUCCUGCAUCCUAACCGAUGGAUUAAUGUUUAAGAUUAGAAACACAAACAUGAUGAAUUGGUUGGUUUGUUCAACUUCACUCUAGGAUUGAUGCACUUUAACCAAAUUGUGGUUUUAUUUUUUAUAAUCUCAAAUCUCACUUCAGACGUUACACACCAGAGGUUAACAGGAGAGGCUUCGGGGGUUUUAUUGGUCAUGUUUGAAGUGUAGCAAAAAAUGUUGCCAACCUUUUAGGUAUUAUAUUUAUGAGAUGACACCGUGCUGGUCAGACUGAUGACUUUAUAGAAGGACGGAACAACACUUGUUUUUGACACUUCUUUCAUCAACAGCACAUUUGGAGGGAUUGUUAUUUUAUUAAGUAUCAUGUUCGGACAUAUAAGAUAUUUUAUGGGUUAUGAUUAUGCGGGUGUCAUGAUGUUUUAUGUUGAAUUAUUUAAGCCAGGUGCAGGAUGAGAUGGCGUUUAUCAUGAAAUUCAGUCAUUUAACUAACAGUUUUUUCCAUUAGACCUUUGAAGCAUCUUUUGAAAGUGUUUUUCAGAGAGUGUGUCACUGUUCAUGUAGGUAUAUACUAUUUAGAACUUACUGAGGAUUUCCAUGUUAUCUUGUGCUACGUGCAAUUUGAAUGAUUUUUUUUUUUUUUCUCAUUUGACAUGUUUCACAUUGGAUGAACACUGACAACAAAACAAUUGUUGAAGCACCUUAAGAUAUUUUGUUUUCUCAUUCAUGCAUCAUACGUCACCCUCUGUCAUCCACCGUUUGAGCUGGAGUGAGAUCACUUUGUGUGCGUGUGUGUUUUGUAAGUCUUUUGUAUGAAAGCUGUAAAAUGGCCAACAUCCACUUUUUGCUUUAUAAAGUCAGCUUUUUCUCACCCACCAUCACA